CUUUCCCUUAAGGCUACACAGCUGUUUAUUCCCAAUCCUGUAAGUUUUCUUCGCAUUGGGCGUGUGUAAAUGCUCUUACUUUCACAAUUAAACAUAACCGAUGGAGUGCUCGGGCGAUGUGCUGCUUCGCCAAGCAGAGUGUGUGUCUCUGCACUCGGGAGUGUUGUUGGGAAGUGUGUGUUUAGGACUGCUACUGGGAAUGAUAGCCGCCGUACUUGUACACACACUGCUUUUCAAACCCUACUGUCUGUCUGCAAAGUCUAAAGGUGAUCCGUGGAGCCUUAUUGAUGUGGACGAGAGAGACGAUGAAACAGAGCAGGAUGUCAUGGUGGAAAGGAACACAGAGGCUGCAGAAACAGUGAGCUGCACAGACAGCCCUGUGAUCAAUGACGUCAGUGCGUUUGCGCUGAAGGCGCGCGUGGUCUAUCCUAUUAAUCAGAGAUACAGACCUUUAGCAGAUGGAGCCUCGGAUCCCUCACCCCAUGACUCCGCCUCCUCGUCUUCUGAUUGGCCCGGCGAGAGUGGAGACGAGGACGAGAGCGUUUCAUCUAGUCCCAGCCACAAAAGACAUACGGACCUUACGUUCAGGAGAGCCCAACACUAUGUACACACACUGUCCUACCCUGAAGAUGAGAGGAGACUCAGUCUGCUGUGUGUGACGCUGCAAAACCUCCAGCACCAUAUGGCUCAGUUACAGAAGCAACAGUGGGGAAUUUUCCUGCAGAUUGUACAAGCUCUGUUUAGUACAGACAGUAGAUUCAUACAGCAGCAGGAGAAGGAAUUAGAGAAGCUAAAAAGGGAAUCAUCUUCUGGAUCGCUGAGAUCCAAGAUGGGGUCGGAGCCCAUCUGUUCCAUGGAAGAAGUAGAAACAGCAGGAAGACAGACACUGGAAUGCGCACUACAUACGGCUCUGAGCUUUGCUCAACAGUUAGAGCGACUUUGUCAACAUCCUGAGUGCUGCGAGCCGAAUGAUGCCCCACGGGAGGUGACACUCAUCAAGUGCCUGCUGCUGGUGGAAAAGCAGAUGAAAGAAAUUCCUUAUCACAUUAUUCAGACUCUGUGGGACAGGCAGCAGUGGUGGGAGGAGUUAUCUGGUUGGCUAAGAAUUAGGACUGCUUUAAUGAGACAGGAGGCGGAGCUUAUAAUACAGCUCACCAGCCAAUCAGUGGAGGAGCUGACGGCUGACGGACAGCUGGACUUUGAUAACAUGGAGAAGUUGAUCAGUGAGCUGCAGAGUGUGAUGAGUGAUGAGCUACAGCGCUGCACUGAACAGCUUACAGAGCACACCCUGCAGCUGGCCAGCGAUCACUGUGGGAAGACAGACAUCAGGAUAAGGAAGAUGAUAAAGGCUCAGAACAGAGAGAGUCACAUGAUCCAGUCACAUGAUCAUCAAGAUGCUCAGCAGGUUGCCAGGCUGAUGGCAGAGCUGACGUCGAAACACUGGACGCAGAGACAAGAGUAUGAGCUACAGCAAGACAGAAAAGUGUCCGAUGCUGUGUGUGAAGUGUGGAAGAAAGUCUUUUGUCAAUUUUCGGAAAGCGUCAGGAGGUUGUGGCGUGAGUGUGUUGUCAGCAUGCUUACUACAAGCUCCGCCCUUUCUGAGGAGCACUGCUGUAAUCUAGUGAACAACAUGGAAGUUACCUGGACCAAUCAGAUGCAACAAAAGCAAAGCCACGCCCAGCAGCAGCUGCAGAUGCUCAGAGAGCAUCUUGAGCAAAGCAAUCAGAUUUGGGCUGAACAGGAAGCAUUAGCUACCGCUGCACUUCAUCACCUAGGCAACCAGAACAUGAAGGUUACCGUAGCAGUGAUUACCAGGCAGAAAGACUUAAGGGACAGUGUUGCAGUGAUUGAAGGAAAACAGCGCCUCCUGCUGUCAGACAUCCAGCACCAUUUGGCAGCUCAACACUUCUAUAACGCAACCCUGAGAGAGAUGACGACUACACAGUGCUCACACAUAGACACACAGAGCCUUCACCAGGAGCUCCUCUCAGACCUCGAAACAGCCUUGGAACGCCUACGAGGCCACGCCCAGUUUUUAAUCAGCCACGCCCUCGCCCGCAGCGUUCGACAGGGAUUGGUCGAAUCAGUGCGGUCGGACAAAACAGCAGUUGAUGAUGGACAAAAGGACCAGCUGAUGAGGAUACUGUUGGACAGUGGGUGUGUAUCGCGUGACUCUCUUUUCACUCUUGUAAUGAACUACUGCUCUCACCUGCACACGGUCGUCACGGCAACGCAGCUCUUCCCACCUCAAGAGCACUUACAGUUGAGAGAAAGAUGGCAAAAGACAGCAGAGUAUGUAAGAUGUCUACAGCGGGAGCUCAGCCACUGGGCUAGGAAACCACACUCAACUGAGUUUUACAGGAGAGUUGCACAGCAGAAGGAACAUUUUCUUUCUCACUGCGAGGAGGAGUGUGUGUGUGACAGGGUGGACCUGCAGCAUCAAACCCAAACAAUUAGUCAUGAGCUUCAGAAAGAAGAAGAGAGUUUCCUGUCUCGACUGGCAGCUCUAACAAGAGUUCCUGUGACAAACGCACAAUCAAACAGACAUACAGGAGACUGAUACGUAACGCCCCAAGGAGAGACGCUGUAGUCUUUACCAUGUUUCAUCUUUUUAAAUAAAUUUUUUUUAACACC